AUGGCCACCAGAUCGUUGCGGCACAGGUCGAGCCGGUACUCCAGCCCGGCAACCUUUGGGGAAAAAGACGCUGCACCAAAGCCCGCCGAGGAUCUCUCGACAAGAAAUGGUCAACAGACGAGUCUGGACACUUGGGUUGAGCCGGCUGUGCGACCUGCGGUCCCCAGUUUUGAAGAUACAAAAGGUCUCGAGAGGGUGGGCGUGCUCGAGAACAUGCAGCCCCUGGGGACGGCGCCUUCUCAACGACUGCUACAAAAGCUCAAAUUGAACUACGUCCGCCCCUCGCCACGACCAGCUCCGGCACAGGUGGAGGAGGUUGUCACUCCCGUGGCAGAACCUGAAAAGGUGGACUCGGCCUCACCAAUGGACCAGGACGUGGUUGCGACAACAGAGACAAUUGAGGCCGAGCAGCCUGAAAUGUUGUCCGAGAUCCCAUCAAUUCCCCCUCGGCUAUCUGAUGCGGCUGUCAUUUCCAGUCCCCCGCGUGGUCGGCCUCCUAGGAGGGAUAUUGCAGAGAUGCCUCAAGCAGGAACCGUGUCGCCGUCUCCUGUCACUUUAUCCUUUACGCCAACCACUCAUGUUUCGCCGAAACCCUUGUCGAUUCAGCAGCAACUACGACAAGAUCGACUUCGUGUUCAUGUCGAUCGUGCUGUGCACGAAGCGCACCAGAGGAACACGCCAGAUCUGGUACGUGGGCUUCAGAGAAUCUGCGACGACGCUCAGCUGAAUCCGGAACUGUGGAAUGUGUUGGAGGCCUUGAUCAACAAAUCCCCCAGCCCUGAGCAGUUCAAAGUCUUCAAGCGCUACAUCAAGUCGGGCGUCAAGCAGCACAGGAGAGAAAGUCAAAUGUCUGGGAGCCCAUAUCAAACUUCUCCUCAAAUAUUCAACGACCUCGCUUCACCUGAACACCGAGAACGCUCACCGAAGGCUAACCACUCAGACGCCAACACACCCUUGUAUUCCGAAGGGAGACCUCCCAGAAUCAACCUCUACUUCAACCUCCCGCGCGCCGCAGCUACUUAUGGCUCGGAAGAAGCGCCAGUGUCACCCACGACGAUUUCGCGCUCCGUGGAAGUCGCUGAACCAGGCGGAAAAUCUAUCCACCACGCCUCCAAUUCGUCACCGCACAAGCGAAAAAGAUCGGGGAGCGUGUCUACGAUCUCGUCGCUUUCAUCCGCUCCCUCGAACACUGAUGAAAUACCACCUCCCUGGGAGCCACAGGGGGAUGAGCCGGCAGGGGUUGGCCGAUCCAGAUCAGCUGGACAGCGCCAAGCCGCAAGCCGGGGGGCAGCUGGCAACCGACUCCGUUCAGCUGCCAGUGCCACAACUCUCCCUUCUCAGGCUGUUCCCAAACAAUCCUAUCCAGAAGUUGCAACUUCCUCGAAGACGAACUCGAACAAAAAGUUCAAGAAAUCGCGAGAAGAGACCGAGUUCGAUAUUGAUGAACUUUCCAGGCGGAAGCGGCAUUAUCUGGAUGACAGCUUCCACGAUUACAACACCAUUCCUCGACCCGAGAGCCACGAACGAGAUCCUGUCCACGCGCAUCCAGAGCGACCUAUAUCCGUUGACAAUCCCCCUCCCCCAGUUAUUCAUCCAAACCGUUUGGUCGUUCCCACCGCCACAUUGACGUCUCUCGUGAGCGCUCAGGCUCCGCCUGACAACAACCUGGCCAACGGGACCGGCCGCAAGAGAAGAUACGAUGAGGUGGACGCUGAUGAUUUCGAUGAGACGACCCCCGAUUCGUCCUCUCCUGGUCCGCUGCUUGUACCACCGCCGCCGCCCGGCGUGGCAAACGCUCACCCACGGGGUGCGACCCCAAGAGCGACCAGGCUUCACCCAGGACAGAAAACCCGCAAGUCUGCGCGGGUCAUGGUAUCGCCCAACAAGCCCAAGAAUGGCGGAAUCACGGCAGGAAUUGCACGUGCGGGGCCUGUGCGUGAUGCUAGGAUCGGCAAUUUGAAUGGAACUGAUUCGGGCGCAGAGGACAACGACGAGUUUUGUGCAUCGUGCGGUGGCGAAGGGAAGCUUCUUUGCUGUGAUGGCUGUACGAAUUCCUUCCACCAUGCCUGCUUAGAGCCACCCUUGAAUCCGGAUGAGGAGGUCGAAGGCGAAUGGUUCUGUCCGCGAUGUGUUGCCCGGCGAACGAAGCAGGUCCCUCAUCCAUCAGGGCUUUUUGGUAUGGUGAUCCGCCGUGUUGACGAUAUUAUCCCGAAAGCCUACACCCUUCCUUCCGACAUCCGCGACUACUUUGAAGGGGUUCGAACAGGCGACGAGGGCGAGUAUGAAGAAGUCGCCCUCCCCCGCACCCAAAACAACACGGCGAAGAUGAACCGAGCUGGCUUCAUCGAGGAGCCCAAUUACAAGGAGACUCGCGACAGCAAAGGCCACAUCAUCAGAUGUUACCGCUGCAAUAUGACUGCCAACGGCCGCGACAUCAUCCCUUGUGACUUCUGCCCCGCGCGAUGGCAUUUGGAUUGUAUAGAUCCGCCCCUGGCCGUUCCGCCACGUCGCCGCCCGGGUGAUAAACCUGGCGCGUCAUGGCGAUGUCCUCUCCAUGUUGAACAUGACCUGGUGGCUGUUGGCCGGCAGACUGAGAAGGCUCCGGGUGAGCUCGGUCGCGUGCCUCGAUUGCGCAAGCCCAAGAAUGCAGUACCCCUCGAUGUGAGCUUAAGUCGGGGUUUCAGGAACAACGGCAUCAUCGAGGUCGAACUCGAGAAAGACCAGCCCGAGCUUGACAGAACUAAGGAAGUCCAAAUGCAUGGCAAAAUUUACCGGAUUCCAGAGAAGGGUAUUAGACUGGAUUUCAUUGAUCGAGUCAAGAAGAGCUGGUACGAAGACCAAUCCUUUCCCAGACAAAUGGACGCCCCCAAGAGGAUACGAAACCGCAAGUAUCGUCCUGAUGGGGCUGUUCUUCACCACCCACCUCAACAGACCAUCGUCAAGAUUCGAGAACCCGACUUCUUCACUGGUGCGAAUGCUCUGGCCAUCACUGAGACGGCCAAAGCAAACGUCGCCUUGCGGAGACGAUCGAUCCGAGAACAGCAAGCCGUCUUAAAUCUUGCCCAAAUGUCCCAGAAGGGUAUCGACGGCUACUCUGGGGAUGCAUUGGCAGAGUUGACAAAUCAACUAAUCAGCGAAGCUCCCGCUGAUGUGGUGGACGCUGUCGAACAGACCGAGCUUGAUCAACUCCUUGAAUUACAGGAGCUCAUCAACAGAAGACUUGCAUUUUUGGGCCACGCAACACAUACCUCACGCUCGACAUCCAUGGAUGUUGGGUCCUUCAAUGACAGCUUCACUGAUGACGAAAUUCCUCCUACCCAAGAUCCCAACAUUGAUCCGGCCCUACGGUGGCUCCCGUUGAAUAGGCCGCCAACGUCGUCGCCACCAUCUUCCGAUAUUGAAAUGCCUAUCGAUCCAGCGCUAGAUAUGGCUUCUGCUCCUGACCUUUCUAGUCCUAAAAUGAUGAACGGCGACACCCUCGAUGUCCACGAGGCGGCGCCCGAACAACAACAACCAGAAGAAGACGAAGAAGUAGAAGAAGCUCGCCCAGCUCCGGUCGACGAAGCUGCGGCGCGUCGACGAGCUAAGGAGGAAGCUGAUCAACGAUGGCUCGACGCGUUCUUUCCGCUGAGGACCGAGUCUCCUACAAGGCAUGGUCCUACGAAUACGGCAGCACAGGGUUUUGGAAAUGGGAGCAGUAUCGACAAGAUGGAGACGUCGCCUUGA